GUCCCCCGCAACUUCCAUCCCGCCAUGUCGGGCCUCAACUCCCCCACCCCCCUCCGACAGCGGCGAGGUCCAGCCUCACGCUCCCCAGACUACAGCGUCGUUUCGCAGGAUGACGACCAGGUCGAGUUUACCAGCCCGAGAAACCGGAGUGCGGCCGAGAGGAUCCUCGAGACUGACAAGGCCAAUAUUGCCGUGGUCGGGAUUUUGACCGUGCUCGCGUUUGCUCUCCGGUUCUACAAGAUCAACCAUCCAGACCAAGUAGUCUUCGAUGAAGUGCAUUUCGGCAAGUUCGCGUCGUAUUACAUCACAAGACAAUACUACUUCGAUGUGCACCCUCCGCUCGCGAAGAUGCUAUUCGGUCUUGCUGGCUGGUUUGUCGGGUACGAUGGUCACUUCCUCUUCGACAACAUCGGAGACAGUUACACGGAGAAUCACGUUCCUUAUGUCGGCAUGCGCGCACUCCCUGCGUUCCUCUCGAGUAUGACUGUGCCCAUCGUCUACGGAAUCAUGAAGGAGUGCGGAUAUUCUACGAUCAUUGCAGCCUUCUCCGCGUCAUUGGUCCUCUUUGAUAGUGCUCACGUCGCACAAGGCCGUCUCAUCCUCCUGGAUGCGAUCUUGAUCUUUUUUAUUUCCAUGACCAUGUACUGCUAUGUUCGUUUCCGGAAAUUGCGCUACCAGGAGUUCUCGUCCGAAUGGUGGGGCUGGCUGCUCGGUACGGGUACCUUCAUGGCCUGCGCAUGGGCGUCCAAAGUCAACGGUAUCUUGACUGUCGUGGCGAUUGGCAUUCCUGUGUUGAUCGACCUUUGGGAUAUUCUCGACAUCAAGAAGGGACAUAGCAUGGAAUAUUUCACAAAACACUUCAUGGCCAGGGCUGUCGGGCUCAUCGUUUUACCCGUAUUCCUCUACUUGUUCUUCUUCUGGAUCCACCUCACCAUCUUGACGCACACUGGUCCCGGUGACACGUUCAUGAGUCCCGCGUUCCAGGAGACACUCCAGGGCAACGAACUGCUGUUGAACAGCCAAGAAAUCCAUUACUUCGAUUCAAUCUCCAUCCGGCAUAGGGACACACGCGUCUUCUUGCACUCUCACCCGGAGCGCUACCCGUUGAGAUAUGAUGAUGGCCGUGUCAGCAGUCAAGGACAGCAGGUUACGGGCUAUGGCCACGAGGAUUCUAACAACCACUGGCAGAUUAUCCCCACCAAAGCACUACCCGAAACUGGUCGUGGCCGCAUCGUCCGCGAGAACGACGUUAUCCAGCUGCUCCAUGUCAGCACUCAGACCUACUUGCUCACGCACGACGUCGCAUCGCCGCUUAUGGCAACAAACGAGGAGUUUACGACCUGGCCGAAAGACGACUACUCGCGUCACAACGACACGCUGUUUAGACUAUCGCUUGUUGAUGCCGAGGAAGGGGAGUCGUGGAAGAGCAAGUCGGGACACUUCAAGCUUAUCCACGUGCCGACCAAGGUGGCGAUGUGGACGCACCCGAAACAAUUGCCUGAGUGGGCGUUCAAUCAGCAGGAGAUCAACGGCAACAAGAACAUCAACGAGAAGAGCAACAUCUGGUUCGUCGACAACAUCGUUGCCGAAGAAACCGGUGCCGAUGUUGGGAACCGCUUGAACAUAGGCAACAAGAAGCCCAAGAGCCGCAACUUCUUCAAGAAGUUCGCAGAGUUGCAGCUUCUCAUGGUGCAGCACAACGCCGGGUUGACUGCGUCUCACCCCUACGCCAGCAGCCCCAUCAAUUGGCCUUUCCUCCUCAGCGGUAUCAGUUUCUGGACGGACAACACGGGGCAGAAGCAAAUCUACCUGAUCGGUAACCUUAUCGGUUGGUGGACAUGUGUCGUCGCAAUCUCGACGUACGUCGGUAUCAUCGGGGCCGACUUGAUCGCCCGCAGACGAGGCGUUGAACCCAUCCAUGACUCCGUCCGCAACAGGCUCUGGAACUCGACCGGCUUCUUCCUCAUCUUCUGGGCAGUGCACUACUUCCCCUUCUACGUGAUGAGUCGUCAGCUCUUCAUCCAUCACUACCUCCCUUCGCACCUCGCAUCUGCGCUGGUCGCAGGCUCCGUGCUCAGCUUCGUGCUCUCCGAGACCGUGAACUACCCCAUCUCCAUCCGCGGUCCCUCCACGCACCCCAAGCCUUCAACGUACGCGGACGUCGGCAUGAAAGGCCCGAUCAUCGUCGGGGUUUUCGUGCUUGCGAUGUUCAUCAUGUUCUGCUACAUCUCACCCCUCACAUACGGGACGCCAGGAUUGGACGGCGACCAAGUCAACGCAAGGCGGCUACUGUCGUCCUGGACGCUGCACUUCGCGGCGAAGCCAUCGAGCGACGUCUAGACAAAAACUCGCACUAAAUGUUUUCGUGGACCACGGAGAGGAGGAAGGGGGGAAUGCUCGUCACAUCUCGUUGGAGGCAGGCUUGACCUGUAUGUACGUAAUGUCUAGUCUUUAUUGUAUCGCUCGUAUCCGCAUCCAAAUGCUUUCUUGUUACCCUGCC